UUCACAACUUCUCUCACAACUAUUCACCAUUCUCUCUCUAUCACUCUCUCUCCAACUUUUCCAAUGGCUGCCGUAGCAGAAAACCCUACAAUCGCCGACCCAGCGCCCGCGAAGAGAGGGAGAACAAAAAAAGCGCUGAAGCCGAAAACUGUCACGUCAAGUGAGGUCAACAUCGCCGCCGGGGAGAUUCCGGAGCCAUCUCCUGUCGCCGCUCCGCCGCCGGAAAACUCCGCCGGAAAAGAGAACCACGAGAGCCUGUCUCGGAAAAAAACGAAGAAAGGGGCGGCGAAGGGGAAGCAACCGGCGUCCGACGCGUCUUCCUUCGAGAAACAGCUGCAGGAAAUGCAGGAGCAACUCGAGAAGUUGAAGAUCGAGAAGGAGCAGACCGAGGAAAUGUUGAAGGCCAAGGAGGAACAACUCGAGACUCGUGAUCGCGAGCAAGAGAAACUCAAAAUCGAAUUGAAGAAAUUGCAGAAGAUCAAGGAGUUCAAACCCACUGUGACAUUCCCGCUAGGGCUCGGAAUCAAAGAUUUAGAGCAAGAGAAGAAGGAGAAGAAGAAGGGAGGGACGAAGAAGCCAUCUCCUCCUUACGUGCUGUGGUGCAAAGACCAGUGGAAUGAGGUGAAGAAAUCUAAUCCAGAUACCGAUUUCAAGGAGAUGGCGAACCUGUUGGGGGCAAAAUGGAAAUCCAUCACCGUGGAAGAGAAGAAGCCUUAUGAAGAGAGGUACCAAGCAGAGAAGGAAGCCUAUUUGAAGAUUGCAGGAAACGAGAAGCGCGAGCUCGAGGCGAUGAAGCUUCUUGAAGACGAGCAGAAGCAGAAGACUGCAAUCGAGUUGCUCGAACAGUACCUUCAGUUUAAGCAGGAGGCAGAGAAGGAAAACAACAAGAAAACAAAGAAGGAGAAAGACCCUUUGAAGCCGAAGCAGCCGAUGUCGGCCUACUUCAUCUUCUCCAAUGAGCGCAGAGCUGCUCUGCUUGCAGAAAACAAGAAUGUCUUGGAGGUUGCAAAGAUCACAGGUGAGGAGUGGAAGAAGAUGACAGAUGAACAAAAAAACCCCUAUGAAGAGAUAGCAUUGAAAAACAAAGAACAAUAUAUGCAAGAGAUGGAAUUGUACAAGCAGAGGAAGGAAGAAGAAGCUGCUAACCUCAAGAAAGAUGGGGAAGAGUUCAUGAAACUCCAGAAGCAAGAAGCUAUGCAACUGCUUAAAAAGAAAGAGAAAACUGAAACUCUAAUCAAGAAAAACAAAGAGAAUCGCCAGAAGAAGAAGAAUGAAGAGAAGAUUGUUGAUCCGAACAAACCAAAGCGGCCUGCCUCGUCUUUCCUUCUCUUCAGCAAGGAGACGAGGAAGAGUUUGGUGGAAGAGCGCCCCGGUGUCAACAACUCUACGAUCACUGCACUCAUUUCGCUCAAGUGGAAGGAAAUAAGUGAGGAAGAGAAGCAGGUUUGGAAUGAGAAAGCUGCGGAAGCAAUGGAGGCGUAUAAGAAAGAACUGGAAACAUACAACAAGAAUUUGGCAGCAGCAGAAGAGGCCCAAAAACAAGGAUGAUUAAAAAAGUGGAUGUUUAGGGAUGGAUGAUGUUCAACUUGGAUUAUGUUGAACUUGCAACUUUGAUAUUUUUGUAGGAAUUCUAUUCUGACAUUUUUGUUUUGGAAUGAUUCGUAUUGCAAAUGUUGUUAUCGCGCAUUCUCUUAUCAAUUGUUGUGUUUGGAUGCU